UCCAGCAGUCCCACCAUGUACCUGGAGAACAAAAGCAACCUGGAGAUGGAGAUGUCUCAGACGUCGGCCCAAGGCCAUCAGGGGAGGAGCAGCCUGAGGUCGCCGGAGGCCGUCGCAGGGAACUUUGGGGAGCUGCGUCUCCUGCAGGGAAUCUCAGAGAGGAGAGAAACCCAGAAGCUGCAGCAGUCGGCAGUUCUGCCCUCAGGACAGUGCGUCAUCCACACCGAGGGCUUCGUCCCUGUGAGACAAGAGGACGGGCAUAAUUUCAGCGUGGUUAAUUUUCUGAGAGGAAAGACGAAUUCAUCCAACCUCACAGAGAGGUCGCCUCUGCUCAGGUUCUCUCAGGAUGACAGCAUCACCUACAUGACCCUGCACGACCCCGGCUUUGUUGGAGGGGAAGAGCCCUGGGACAACGGCUCCCUGGACUUUGAGAGGAGGUUUCGGCUGGGCAGCGAGGUCACCAGCCUGUCCCUGUCCCGCUCCAGCUCCUCGGAGAAGAACGACCCGCUGGACAACCUCAACCUCAACUUCAGACUCACCAGCAGUAUGAGAUGCUGCUUCAAAGCCUCCAAAGUUGCCACGAUCUUUACCAUCGUCGUUCUCUGCAGCCUGUUCUUCAGCAUGUAUCCAGAUCGAGACAACCCCUGGAGGAUGUUGGCCGUCUCUUCGACAGACAGUUUUUCAAUGAACCUGACAGAUUUUCGCGACAACGCUUUGCUGAAGCUCCAGGUGGGGGGACCUUUCACAGGAGGGAUGAUCGACCUCACCAACCAGGAGUACGUCCUGAUCCAGGUGGAGCAGACGGAGCAGCUGGGACAGAGGAGGAGGAGGACUCAGCAGGUGAUCCAUAAUUGGACCAUUCCUCUGCACAGUGAACGCAGCGACCAGAUACUGCUGACAAAAACAUUCGAGAUGCUCAGCAGCGACCCCAUCGUCGUCACAGUCCAGGCCUUCCUGCAGGAUAAUGAGGUGGUGCCGCUCUCCAUGACCCACCAGUCGCUCUACGUCAGCGUGGAGACGCAGGUGGCCAUCGCUGGGAUCAUCCUGGCCGGCGUCUACGUUCUCAUCAUCUUCGAGAUUGUACAUCGCACUCUGGCCGCCAUGCUGGGAUCUCUGGCCGCCUUAGCUGCUCUGGCCGUCAUCGGUGACCGGCCCAGUUUGGUUACUGUGGUGGAGUGGAUCGACUACGAGACGCUGGCUCUUCUGUUUGGGAUGAUGGUGCUGGUUGCCAUUUUUUCUGAGACUGGAUUCUUUGAUUAUUGUGCUGUGAAGGCUUACCAAUUAUCCAGAGGACGAGUUUGGCCAAUGAUCAUCAUCCUCUGUCUCAUCGCUGCCAUCCUCUCUGCUUUCCUGGACAAUGUGACCACCAUGAUGCUUUUCACCCCCGUCACCAUCAGGUUGUGUGAGGUGCUUAAUCUAGACCCCAGACAUGUCCUGAUUGCAGAAGUAAUCUUCACCAACAUUGGAGGGGCUGCCACAGCUGUCGGAGAUCCACCCAAUGUGAUUAUAGUAUCAAAUCAGGACCUGCGCAAAGAAGGGAUUGAUUUUGCCAGUUUCACAGGCUACAUGUUUCUCGGAAUAUGUCUGGUGCUCUUCACCUCGUUCCCCUUCCUGCGGAUGCUCUACUGGAACAAAAAGCUCUACAACAAGGAGUCCAUUGAAAUAGUUGAACUCAAGCACGAGAUCCUGGUUUGGAGGCAGACGGCCCAGCGCAUCAACCCCGCAAGCCGAGAGGAGACGGCUGUGAAAUGCCUCCUGAUGCAAAAAGUCCUCAACCUGGAAAGUCUGCUCCGCAAGAUGAUGAAAACCUUCCAGAGACAAAUUUCUCAAGAAGAUAAGAACUGGGAGCAAAACAUCCAAGAAUUGCAAAAGAAGCACAGAAUAACUGACAAGGUCCUCUUGGUGAAGUGUGUGUCCGUCCUUGCCGUGGUGAUCUUCAUGUUCUUUGUCAACUCCUUCGUUCCCAGCAUUCAUCUCGACCUGGGUUGGAUUGCUAUCCUUGGUGCACUUUGGCUCUUGGUUCUAGCCGACAUCCAGGAUUUUGAGAUCAUCUUGCACCGGGUGGAGUGGGCCACGUUACUGUUCUUUGCUGCCCUCUUCGUUUUGAUGGAGGCUUUAGCCCAGCUGCAGCUUAUCGACUAUAUCGGAGAACAGACAGCGCUGCUUAUAAAAGCGGUGCCAGAGGACCAGCGCUUGGCUAUAGCCAUUAUCUUGGUGAUGUGGGUCUCGGCUCUGGCCUCGUCUCUCAUUGACAACAUUCCCUUCACUGCCACCAUGAUUCCAGUUCUCAUCAACCUGAGUCAGGAUGCAGAUGUGAACCUGCCAAUCAAACCCCUCAUCUUCGCCUUGGCCAUGGGAGCCUGUCUUGGUGGGAAUGGCACAUUGAUAGGAGCAUCGGCCAAUGUUGUGUGCGCCGGCAUCGCUGAACAGCACGGCUACGGCUUCUCGUUCAUGGAGUUCUUCAGGUUAGGAUUCCCCAUGAUGAUAAUGACGUGUAUGAUCGGCAUGUGCUACCUGCUGGCCACCCACAUCGGACUGGGCUGGAACAUGUGAUCCUGAGCUGCUGCGCGGAGCCAAAGAGACGAGCGUUCAGCUCUCUGUAAUGUGAAACGUAAUCCGACUGACCAGGUCAGAUUACAGGCACUGUAUGAAAACCCAGCAGCCAUAUUAUGGAAAGAGGUAUUCGACUAAAGUGCAGGGACCAGAGAAAAAAACAAAACAAACAAAAAACAGGAGCUUUGACCAAAACGUUGAACCCAACAUCCGACAAUCUGAGAAUGACGCAUUAUUUCUUGGUUCACCCUGAUGACUUUUAAAAGCUUUGUCAAAAACUUGAACCUUUUUGUCCUCAACAAAGAGUCAAUCCAAGGGAAGGAAAUGUGUCUUUACUGGAAACAAAAGUCUCAUUCCAUAUCGCUGUAAAUGGUGCUACUGUCUGAGUCUACGGUGUAAGUGGUGUAUGUGUUUCUAACUAUGUAUCACACUAAUUUGCUUUUAGACACACUUAGGACACUGAUCAGCUGAUUGUAGGAAAACAUUUCACCCACGGUUUACCUACUCAUGUUGAUAUGUUAAAUGAACCACCCAGUGAAAGGGAUUUUAUAAUGUCUAAUAAUAUUUGUGUCAGCUGGCCAAAUCUCAACGCCUCACGGAUGAAUUUGAAAAACAAAAACGGCAUCAAAUUAAAUUUGAGAGAAAUGAUUAAAUGAAACAAAUGUAGAUUUUUAACUUAACACUGUAUACUAUCUAUUGUACUGUGUACACAAUGAUGACAUGUAAACUCUGUGAUUUUAGUGUGGUUAACCGUAUUCAGUGUAGAAAAUGUUUAAUCGUGUAAAUGCUCAUGAGUGGACUGGACGACAUGUUCUCAGCUCGUCCAGUUCAAACCAUCACCUGUAUUUAUUGUACAGCCCGACAACUUAUACGUCAUUAACUUUAAUGGUUUAGAACGUUCAGACAGAGAUGAUGAAACAUGAACAAUAAAAGUUGUGAUGUUUCUUGUUUUCAA